CCAGUGACUGGGAUUAUCGGAUGUGUCGAUAAAUGUCUCAAUUAGACUAUGUAUUCUGUUUGCAGGUUGAUGGAUUAUGUGGAAAUGAUGACGCCCAAAGUCAGCAUAUCUUGGGAAGUGGGGUCGGCGCUACCCCAACUUUCCCUGCCCUCGGUAACACGUACCAGCAUGUAUCUUCAGACUGCACACCAGUCGAUGCUCUUAUCUCACCGCCAGAAAACAGCAUCUCAUGUAACGAUCACUUCGCUAAUACAAGCCAAUUUCAAGACUGUGGGCUGGACAGAUCGAUUUACAAAGGUAUUUGCGACUACGAGAUGUAUGCCUCUCCUACCAACCAAAGCGUCGACCGUGGAGUCUGCUUGGCCCUUGCCGAGCAUUACCGAAUGUGUUCUAUCGUUAAUGGCAACGCUGUAGAUUGGAGGACUUCACACGACUGUGUGGUAUCCUGUCCUGAUGGCAAGGUCUAUGUGGAAAGUGGUGGCCAGUGUCCAAAGACGUGUGAGAAAUCGCAACUAAGUGAAGAUUGCUCUGACCAAGGAGGAGUCGACGGGUGCGAUUGUCCCUCUGAGUUCUUCUGGAAUGAGGAGACUGAUUCAUGUGUUCCAAAGACGGACUGCUUCUGUAUUCAUGAUGGGACUCGUUACGCAAAAGGAGACAUCGCCGACAUCGAAUGCAGCACGUGGUAA